CCGGGAGGAGCCGCCGGCCAAGGCAGCAGGCGAGAGCGCCGGCCCCGCCGAGCCCCAGAUGCACCCCCCUUUGGACGCUGCCCCGCUGAAAGCGUAGCGCCCCCGCCCCUCCGAGCCAUGUCUCAGAUGCUGCACAUCGAAAUCCCCAACUUCGGGAACACCGUCUUGGGCUCCCUGAACGAGCAACGCCUCCUGGGCCUCUACUGCGAUGUCUCCAUCGUGGUCAAGGGCCAGGCCUUCAAGGCCCACCGGGCCGUCUUGGCCGCCAGCAGCCUCUACUUCCGGGACUUGUUCAGCGGCAACAGCAAGAGCGCCUUCGAGCUGCCGGGCUCCGUGCCGCCGGCCUGCUUCCAGCAGAUCCUUUCCUUCUGCUACACCGGCAAGCUGACCAUGGCGGCCAGCGAGCAGCUGGUGGUCAUGUACACGGCCGGCUUCCUCCAGAUCCAGCACAUCGUGGAGAAAGGCACGGACUUGAUGUUCAAAGUCAGCUCGCCGCACUGUGAUUCCCAGACGGCCGCCAUGGAGGAGCCCGGCUCGGAGCCCCAGAGCCCCUGCCACCCACUGCCGCCGGCCUCCACCCCCUACGCCCCCUCCCCUUCCAUGCCCAUCCCGCUGCUGACCCGGGUCAAGCACGAGAACCUGGAGCUGCCGGCGGCGGCGGGGCUGCCCACCAAGCGGUCGCUGGAGGGGGGCUUCCGGGACGCGGCUGGGGGCAGCUCCUCGUCCUCCUCCUCUGGCGGGGCGCCCCUCAAGCUCUCCCGCGUCUCCUACUACGGGGUGCCCAGCCUGGCCACGCUCAUCCCAAGCCUUUCGCAGGCCCAGUACUCCCAAGGGGAGCGAACCAGCCCGGGCGGCAGCAGCAUCCCCACCACCGACAGCCCCACGUCCUACCACAACGAAGAGGAAGACGAGGACGACGAAGCCUACGACACCAUGGCCGAAGAGCAGUACGGGCAGAUGUACAUCAAGUCCACCGGCGGCUAUGCAGUGCCUCAGGAGAAGCCGGAGCAGGUGCCAUUAGAGAGCCGUUCCUGUGUCCUCAUCCGGCGCGAUUUAGUGGCCCUCCCUGCGAGUCUUAUCAGCCAGAUCGGAUACCGGUGCCAUCCCAAGCUCUACUCGGAAGGCGAUCCUGGAGAAAAACUUGAACUCGUUGCAGGCUCUGGUGUUUACAUCACCCGAGGGCAGCUGAUGAACUGCCAUCUGUGUGCAGGUGUGAAACACAAGGUUCUCCUGCGGCGCCUCCUGGCAACGUUCUUUGACAGGAACACGCUGGCCAACAGCUGCGGAACGGGCAUCCGGUCUUCCACCAGCGACCCCAGCAGAAAGCCCCUUGAUAGCCGUGUCCUUAACGCUGUGAAACUGUAUUGUCAGAAUUUUGCCCCGAGCUUCAAGGAGAGCGAGAUGAAUGUCAUCGCGGCCGACAUGUGCACCAACGCCCGUCGCGUUCGCAAGCGCUGGCUUCCAAAGAUCAAGUCCAUGCUGCCAGAGGGGAUGGAGAUGUACCGCUCCGUCAUGGGCUCUACCACCAACGCCGUGCCCCUGGACCCUGAGUUCCAGCCUUCCGCCGCUCAAAUGUUUGAACAGCGCAUCUAUGCAGAGCGGAGGGGCGAUUCCGGGACAAUCGUGGCCCUGAGAACUAACACCGUAACUGUCGAGCAAAGCAACGGAUCCGGCCCGUUGUUUGAGCCAAACGAGGAGGCCGAAGGGUCCGGGUCCGUCAUCCAGGAGUCCGCCGGCCCUGAAACGAUGGCUUCGGAUAGCCAAAGCCCCGCGCAGCCGUUCGAAGACGGUUCCGGCUCCACCAGCCGGCCGGAAACUCCCGCGAGACGGCAGGAGGGUACCUACGGAGGGGCUUUAUGAAAGGGGACGGGAUGGCUUUGGCGGCGACCGACGAAGGAUCUAUAAUACUAAAGUUGCUUGCAUGCGUUAUUAAUAACAGAAAACAAAACAAAAAAAAUGUGAUCAAACCAUUUACCUACUGAACUGCUACUGUUGCCUGAGAAAAAUGUGAUUUUUAUUCUGCUUGCGUGUUAAGAUUUAUGAAGGAAAAUAUCACAUUCGUUAUACUGUAAGCAACUCUAGGUCUAAGGCAGCCGACGCGCAGUGAACAAACGGACCCUGGGCUCCUUCUUCUUCUUUUUUUCCUUUUUCUUUUUUUUUAAAGAAAAAUAAUAAUUCCCGAGGUUAGUCUAGAA